UUUCUUUGCGCAGUUGAGCUUCUGCUUCCGUCUCUUCUUCUGCAACAUAUAUUAUCUGGGUGCUAUUCAGUUGACUAGACCUUUUCAGCGCUUCAUCAGCUGCUGCAUGCACUGAACUGAUCUAAAGCACCGACAGCCCCGCCAACGAACCACUGCAACAACCCCGCGAUUUGAUUGCGUUGCAUCGCAUCGCAUCGCCUGUACAUUAAAUCCUCGUCCUAUCAACAUCCGCACCAUAUACCUACACCUUGCUCAUCCUGUUUGCUUGUAUCCCACGUCUUCAUCAUUAUCAUCAUGGCCUCUGGACACAAUGAUCCGAAGCUGCUCUACUCGGUCGAGGGCAUCAAGGCUUACCACAUUGCAAAUGGCACCGAGCAGUCUCUAACUCCCUCGGGCCCCCAAACCCUAUCGCUGCUCAUGGUCCCAACCUCGUCUGGCUUUGCUGAAAUCGGCAACGGAGAGCAAGACUUUUAUCUUCACCUUCAUCUUCCCCCCGAACUCGAUCUUCCACUUCCCGCGACCACACAAAUCUACCACCAGCCCCCCAGCAGCUACUUGAUUCCGCGAUGGGAUCUCGGCCCCGGCAACGGCGCAUUCACACGCCUAGAGUUCCCCGUCGUCGGAAGCAGGCCUGGCGUGCAAGAGGACGUCGACACCUUUGAAACGAUUCUUGCGCAAUGCACCGCAUUCCUUGAGAAAGCGCCAGCUCCCCCUCCGGAAAAGUCCCGCAGACCUACCGAACGCAAGCCAUCUGAUGCUGCCAGGGCAAAGGCGAGAGAAGCUGGUAGAGAUGAACCACCCGCUUAUAACCCGGCCAACUUUGAGCCCGGCGAAGGUUAUGCCCAGGGCAGCCAUAGCUCGCACAUUGCGGGGCGCAUCGUGUUGGUUGACGAAGAGGAUGGCAGCGUCAUGGGAGAACUGAGCGAUGGCUUCAACGUCGUCGAAGACGGCGCCAUUAAACCCGGGUCCAAAGAACCCGUCGAGAUUAUUCUUCCCGCCGAUGGCAGCCACAACAUCUCCGUUCAGCCCGCUUACGACUACAUCGAGGAUACUAUGCAUCCCGCAUACAGAACAUCAACUAUUGUCUCGUCAGCGUCGAAGGCAUCACGGCUGCUCAUUACCACAUCCGACUAUGUCGCAAAAGUAAUGCAGAACCAAGCCGACAACUUGACCAAGAGCAUGAAGCCUGCCGCAAAGCCCAUGACAUUCGCACCGACGACCCACGAACACAUACGCCGUAUCAACCAGUAUUCCACCAAGGUCGCCACCUUGUCAGCCCAGACCAUUGGUUCCAUCAACCAGUUUGCCCAGAAUUUCGGCGCCGGCAUGUCCAAGCGCAAGGAUGGCCGGGCUCGAGGAUACGACAAGGAGGGAAAUGUCAUCGAGACUUACAAGCCGGGCGUCCUCAACAAGAGCUUGAUGGCCUUUAACACGGUCGUCGACGGCAUGGAGCAUGCUGGACGGACUUUGCUUACCGGCACGACAUCGAGCAUGUCGACGGUUGUUGGCCACCGCUGGGGCCCUGAGGCGGGUGAACUCUCCAGAAACCUUGGAAGCGGUUUCAAGAAUGUCGGACUCGUUUACAUCGACGUUACUGGUGUCUCUCGUCGUGCCAUUCUCAAGAGUGUUGCCAAGGGCAUGGUUGUCGGCAAGGUCAAGGGAGGCGGUCAAAUCAUUGUCGGCGGCGACAACGGAUCCGACGCAGCCCUUGUCUCCGGAGGCAACGGUAAUGGUAAUGGUAACGGCAAUGGUAGCAGCAAUGGAAGAGGCAAUGGCAACGGCAAUGGGAGAGGUAACGGCAAUGGCAAAGGCAAUGGUAAUGGCGAUUCAAGCACAAUACACAACACAUACGGCGGCGAAAUCAACAUCCCAGGGAGCAAUGAUUGGGACGCAAAAGGGGUUAGGGAGGGGAAGAAGCCGGCCUGGUGAUGUGUCUGUGUGUUGGAGGAUGUGUAUGACUGGUGCUGUACAUUGAUACCACUGAUAUGAGUGAUGACCACCUACUUAGUAGUGCAUUUCGAACCCUAUUUUGUAAUAUGAUAUACGCAGAUACGAUUCUUGACUUGUUGAGACCAUUCAAGUGCUGCUGCUCUUAUAAUUGAUUGACAGCUUGCCAUAGACUUUGCGCCAAAGAAU